UUCUAGGUUGAAAAAAAUGGAGAGUUGCAGCUUCAUAUCUUGCGAAAAGCUUGAUCGGAUGGCGAAUUGGGUUGGCACUAAUGUGGCGUCGGCGUUCUUCGCAUCGCUGGAGCGUUGUUCUUGCAUUAACCUCAGCACCACUGAUAUUGAGAUUGAUGACGAGGAAGAAGCCAAGGAUCGCCCGCUGAUGCUCACCAAGCCGAUCGUUCACGAUUAUCCUGAGAUCAACGAUGUUGAUAAGCUCCCCGUUUGAUCUUUACGUCCACCGAAUGGUGUGGGUACUUCUCCCCAGUUUCUUAUAUCAUGUCGAUGUGUCUUCUCUAACAUGUCGUUUUGGUUUCUUUAGAAAAUGAUUAUGUCUUGGUGAUUUGAGUGUAUCGUACUGUGUGGAUCUUGGCCCCUCCGCCUUCUGUAGAAAUUUGGGCUGUCAGUGUUUCGU